UGGGGGGGGAGAGGAAGGACAGAGGUGGCCAUCCCUUCUCCCAGUGGGAGAGGGGCUCUGGGAGACCGGGAGAGCUGGUGGGCAUCUCCAGCAUCCUGGUGUAUCCCACUGAGCCGUGGGCAUGACGGAGUCACGGGAACGGCGGCGUGGGUGUCCCAAGGGAUGCUCCAGGCCUGGGUGUGGAUUCUGAGCUCUGCCCGGGGGGGCUGGAGCAGCUCUGCAUCCCACGGGCAUUCCAUGGAGAAAGGAGAGCCCGGCUGGGGCAUCCCACGGCACUGGGUAGGGAGUGAAGUGGAGCCUGGAAGCUGAGGCUGUUCUCCUGGGCAUCCAGAUCCAGCACUGCCUCUCCACACCCUCCGCAGGCCUCCAGGGAGGAGGGAGCUGGACACCAGCAGGGAAAAAGCUCCUGCCUGGAAUAAGCCUUUGGAAAACUUCCUCCCGUGGUUGGCCUGGGUGUUACCGGGGUGCAGGAACACCUGGACGGCUGCUCCCAGCCAACCAGGAUGAGCUGGGAACGGAGGGGAAGGCUCAUCCCACCCGAUGUCAUGGCACGGGCAGCUUUCCCAAACUCCAGCACAUUCCAUACAGCUGGCAUCAACCCGGAGCUGCAGGUGGGCAUUGGAGACUUCUCCAGUCUCCCAGCACCAGCGGGGAGCUGCUGGGCCCCCAGGCCCUGGCACCAGCUCCAGUGGCUUCCCAGAGCCAGGAGGUUCAGGUUCUGUGCUGGCAUCAGGCCAGUUCCUCGGGAAGGGAUCCGCAGGGAAAGGGAUCCAGAAGGGUCCCCAACACGCAGCAGUGUCACAGUUAACCGAGCGCUUCCAGGACCCGGCUGCUGAGCAGGCGAGGACACACGGACAGGCGUGCCGAGGGCGCACGGACACACCUUUGGGAAUGCCCUACAGGCACCGCGCUCGCCGACACCUCCGUCACCCCCCACAUCCUUCUCUCCUUCCCAGCCGGCGGAGCCGCCCGCUCCUGUCUCUCCGCAGCUCUUCCCAUCCUUCCGUCCAUCCUUCUGUCCGUGCCCGUGUGUGUGUGUGUGUGCUGCUGUCCAAGGGUGGGCUCCCCGUCUCUCUCCGCAGGAUCCUGGCGCUCCGGGGGCGGAGGGCUGCUUUUCCUUCUCUCUCGCAGGAAUUCAGCUUCUCUCUCUUGUAUUUCCCUUUUCUUUCUCCCCUGGAAUCCGGCCGCUGUAGCGAUCUAGACAGAGACUUUUGGAAUAACAAUGACAACACAGUGCAGCAGAAAUGGAGCUCCUACCCUCCCAAGGAGUUUAUCCUAAACAUUUCUCCUUACGCUCCGUACGGUGACCCGCGCCUUUCCCUCAAUGGCUCUCUGUUAUCAGGGGCCAAACUGACGGCGUCGGCCGCCGCCGGGCUGUCCGGGGACCGCGACGGCCGGCCCGGGGACAAGCAGCGGCUCGGCGAGGAUGGAAUGAGGAGCAGCGUGUCCGCCCACAGCGAGCCCGGAGCUGGAAAGGCCGCACGGGGCCGCUGGCACACGGUGCAGAGCCACUUGGCCGCAGGGAAGCUCAGCCUGUCCAAUUUCGAGGACUCCACCCUGUCCACAGCCACUACCCUUGAGUAUAUCCCCACCUCAGCAGGCGAUCCCAAAUUCCAGAGGCCCCGCACGCUCGUGCGCCAGCAAAGUCUGCAGCAGCCCCUGAGCCAGCACCAGCGCGCCAACCACAGCCAGCCCACCACCAGCCAGAGCCUGGGCCACCUCCAGGCCCACAGCGGCUCCUCCGCCGCCGCCGCCGGCUCCCGGGGCUCCCGCGGCGGCCCGGCGCGCCAGGGCACCGCCGCCGGCUCCAAGCAACGGAUGGCCGGGGGCAGGAGCCGCUCCAACCCCGGCAGCUGGGACCACGUGGUGGGGCAAAUCCGCAACCGCGGCUUGGACAUGAAGUCCUUCCUGGAAGGCCGGAUGGUGGUGCUAUCCCUGGUUUUGGGACUCUCAGAGCAAGAUGACUUUGCCAAUAUUCCCGACCUGCAACCCGCUGGGACGCAGCCGAACCAGGCGAACGCUCAGGGGGACAAGAGGUUGCCGGCCGGUGGGAAGGCUGGGAAUGCUGCACCGGCACCGGGGCAGCCGCCGCUCGAUGAGUCCGACCGCAAGACGGAGCCGCACUCCUCCGUCUCCGACCUGGUCAACUCCCUGACCAGCGAGAUGCUCAUGCUCUCCCCCGGCUCCGAGGAUGACGAGGGCCACGAAGGCGUCAGCCGGGAGAACCUGGGCCGCAUCCAGUUCAGCGUCGGCUACAACUUCCAGGAGUCCACCCUGACCGUGAAGAUCAUGAAGGCGCAGGAGCUGCCAGCCAAGGACUUCAGCGGCACCAGCGACCCCUUCGUCAAGAUCUACCUGCUCCCCGACAAGAAGCACAAGCUGGAGACCAAGGUCAAGAGGAAGAACCUGAACCCGCAUUGGAAUGAGACCUUCCUCUUCGAAGGGUUCCCCUACGAGAAGGUGGUGCAGCGGGUGCUGUACCUCCAGGUCCUGGACUACGACCGCUUCAGCCGUAACGAUCCCAUCGGAGAGGUGUCCAUCCCACUCAACAAGGUGGACCUGACCCAGAUGCAGACCUUCUGGAAGGACCUGAAGCCCUGCAGUGAUGGCAGUGGAAGCCGCGGGGAGCUGCUGCUGUCGCUGUGCUACAAUCCCUCAGCCAAUUCCAUCGUGGUGAACAUCAUCAAGGCAAGGAACCUCAAAGCCAUGGACAUCGGGGGCACCUCAGAUCCCUACGUGAAGGUGUGGCUGAUGUACAAGGACAAGCGGGUGGAGAAGAAGAAGACGGUGGUGAUGAAGAGGUGCCUGAACCCCGUCUUCAACGAGUCCUUCGCCUUCGACAUCCCCACGGAGCGGCUGCGCGAGACCACCAUCGUCAUCACCGUCAUGGACAAGGACAGGCUGAGCCGCAAUGACGUCAUCGGCAAGAUUUACCUGUCCUGGAAGAGCGGUCCCGGCGAGGUGAAGCACUGGAAGGACAUGAUCGCCCGCCCGCGGCAGGCGGUGGCACAGUGGCACCAGCUGAAGGCCUGAGCGCCCCCGGACCGCGGGCUCGGGGUCCCCCUUCCCAGCUCCCAGCCCCUUCCCGCGGCUCUCCCGGCCAGGGACCGGCGGGACAGCGGCCUGGCUGGCGGGAACCCCUCGGGAGGACGGGGACGGAGCCCCCCCGAGCCCCCGGGUUCGCCUCUCCCCGGGCUGCGGGGGAUGCGGAGCCGCCCCCAGCCCCGGCCGAGGAGGUGCCAGAAGCGAUGUCCCCCCAUCCCUAUUCCCACCACCGGGCAGGACUUCUGCGAGUGCUUCCAGCCCCGCUCCCGGAGCCCCUCGGCCCCUCCCCGGCCUCGCCCCCUCCCCAUUUCAGGGGGUCAGGCUGCGGGUGCAAGAGGGACCCUCCUCCCUCCCCUUUCAGCUCCAUAAAACCUCUCGGAGCCGCCAGCGGAGCCACGGAGCCCCCUGCCCCGCGCCCUCCCCCCGCACCCCCUCGAGUCUCCCGGGGCUGGCGGGGGACACCGAGGGGAGGGCACAGCCCCUUUUCCUGGGAUCGGAAGCCAUGACACAGUUCCUUAUCCAAAGCGGGCUCCUCCGUGCACUGCCUUCAGCCGGGUUCGAUGCUUUACCUCCGUCUUGGGUUUCGGCGGGAGCGGGGGGUCCCUAAGCCGCCCUGGGGACCCCGGUGCUGCCCUCGCCCCCAGCCCGGGCUGCAAGGGGCCCCUCGGGGGAAUGCGGAGCUCCACAGGGUCCCCUUCCAGCCGGGCUGAUCCGGGCGCCGGGGCUGCUCCGGGAGCUCCGUGCCCACCCCUGGGGAUAAAGGGUGGAGCGAGCGCUGUUGUCCCCAUCGAGGGCAGGUGACAUUCCCUGGGCUGGUGGCAUUCCUUGGGACAGCCAGCCUGGCAGGAUCAGUGCCAGCAGCAGCAUCCCCACGGAGCCCUGGGAUGCACACGCCAGACCCCUUCCCACUCCCUGCGACCCCCCAAAAACAGGGACAGACCCACCUGGGAGCCCCACAGGGGUGACAAGGGGGUCGGUGGUGGCUCUCCAUGGCAGACGCCAGAUCAUCCUCAGUCUUCCUGCUCCCCCCGUGGCAACCUUGGCUCCCAGCAGCUCCCACAGCCCCAAUUUAGACGAUUUUGGACAAUCUGGAGAGAAGUCAUAAUACUGCUAUUACAGUAAUAACAACGCUUUUAGGGACAUUUGUAUUUUUUGUCAUAUUCUCUCUUUUUUUAACAUAAAAGAAGAGACUUACAUGCCUGGGGAAGAGGUGGCAGGGCCAGGGCUGUGCCAAGCCGGGUGCCCCCCACGGCCCCUCGGGCACCCCGCUUUUCCAGGCUGGAUUCCUCGUCCGCGGUCGGGCUCCCCGGGGGUUUGUGUGUUCAUUUUUAACUCUAGAGCUCGUAGCCGUGAUCUUGUUCAGGUUCUCUCUUCUUCAUGUGACGGUAACAUCCAACUGGUGUGUAAAAUAAAGAAAAACAGGAAAAAAAAAAGAUUAAAAAAAAAAAAACAAACAAAAAAAAAAGAAAAAAGAAGAUAAAAAAUCCAUUAAAGAGCCCGGCCUGGCCCGGCUGAGGAGCGGCUGGAGUGGGGGGUGCCCAGCUGGCAAUGCCAAGGGUGGGGCACAGAGGUCGAGGCGUCUCCUUUGAAGAAUCCUAUUUUUGGGGAGAGGGGCCCCUCGUUUUCUGGAGGCAGCCCCUGCUCUCAGUAAUAAAGGACAGUCAGUAACUGCCA